GUUUGCGCGCGGGUUUCGUCGCGUUGCAGCGGUUCGCGCGAGUCGUCUUCCGCGCCAUGGAGUCUGGGCUGAUCCGGCGUUUAGCGGCGCGCUUGGGUAUUGCCGAGCCAGAUGUGCUGAGGAAAGCAGAGGAGUACUUGCGACUGUCCCAGGUGAACUGUAAUGGCCUAUCUGCACAUACCACAGAAACCAGCAGUGCAGUCAUGUGCCUGGACCUUGCAGCUGCCUGUAUGAAGUGCCCCUUGGACAGAGCUUAUUUAAUUAAACUUUCUGGUUUGAACAAGAAGAUGUAUCAGAGCUGUCUUAAAUCUUUUGAGUGUUUACUGGGCCUGAAAUCAAAUAUUGGAAUAAGAGACCUAGCUGUACAGUUUAGCUGUACAGAAGCAGUGAACAUGGCUUCAAAGAUAUUGCAAAGCUAUGAAUCCAGUCUUCCACAAACACAGCAGUUGGAUCUCGACUUAUCCAGGCCACUUUUCACCACUGCUGCAUUACUGUCAGCAUGCAAGAUUCUAAAGCUAAAGGUGGAUAAAAAUAAAAUGGUAGCUACAUCUGGUGUAAAAAAAGCCAUAUUUGAUCGACUAUGUAAACAAUUAGAGAAGAUUGGGCAGCAGGCUGAUAGAGAGGCUGGAGAUUCAGCUGCUCCACCACAGAAGAAAAAGAAGACAAUGGCUGAACCUCUAGCAAAGGAAACAGAGAAGGUAGUAGAAAGUUCACAUAAACUGCAAGAAGAUGACGAUCUGACACAGGAUUAUGAAGAAUGGAAAAGGAAAAUUUUGGAAAAUGCUGCCAAAGCACAAAAGGCUACAACAGAGUGAUUGCAGCUUCUAGACUACCUUGGGUUGCAAACCAACAGUACAUCUGCCACCUCAAUGAAGAUGUGAGAGCUUGGGAAUUUUGUUUGAACUUUUAUAACAAGGAUCCUAAGGCUGUUGCCUUAAUAGCAAAGAAGCGAGCACUGCAGCUGAGCUCUUGGCGGCAGGCUGGCUGGUGACAUGGGCAACAAAUUCAUUAGGUCAGGCACAGUGCCUGGUUGGCAUAGCCUUGGCUCCCCACAGGUAUGCAUUCCUACAAAAUGGAAUUGAAGCCAUUUUGCUCUUUCGUUUUAAACAAAAGAUAGUUUCCUGUCCUAUCCAGAAUAUAAAAUUCAGGUUGAAUGGAGUCUUAAGGAUUUUACUUGGGUUUUUAUGUAAGUUUCAUGGUUUGACUAAAUCAGUGUAUGGUACAGCCUAAGUUAAUAAAUGUUAUUUUUA